CAUGUCGGUGAAUAGGUUUCCUUUUAUUGCUUGUGAAAUUUUUACUUGUGAGGUUGAUAUAAUUCUCAAAGCUUUGGUUGAUGAUGAAGAGCUAAUGAACUUGCUAUUCUCAUUUUUGGAACCUGUGCGUCCUCACAGUGCUCUGCUGGCUGGUUACUUCAGCAAGGUGUUAGAUGUCUUUCCUUGGGGGGGAAGUGGAGCUUGCAUCAUAACUUGCAUGAAAACCCUUACAAGAUCAAUGAAUAUUGAGGGCUGGCCUUCCAUAAGAGGGAAGCCAGGUGUAAACUGGAUGUGGAAAUUACUGAUGGAAGUGGAUGCCUUGUUGCAUAUGUGUUUGGGAAAUGUGUUGAACAACUAUUACUCUUUACGAGCAAACAAGUUAUGCAAUUGGAACAACAAGGUCAACAGCUACGAUUUUAACAUAUCAAUAACCACUUACAAGAUGAAGAAUAUAUAA